AUUCCAUAAGCCCCCCCUCUCGCUAUUCACACUCACCCUUCAUAGUAAAAGCAACAAACAGGGAAGACUGGGAAGUGUUUGAAACUCAAAUCAAGUACAAACAUUUCAUUUUGGAAGAACUUGGAAAAUAUGGCGAUGAAAAAAACAAGCAAGCUAACACAAACGGCGAUGAUCAAGCAAAUCUUGAAGAGAUGCUCGAGUUUGGGGAAGAGACAGAGUAAUGUGUACAGCGAGGAUGAAAACGGACAACCUCUUGACGUACCUAAAGGACAUUUCGUCGUCUACGUUGGAGAGAAUCGAGUCAGGUACGUUGUACCCAUUUCGGUUUUGACCCGACCCGAAUUUCAGCUUCUUCUCCAACAAGCAGAGGAAGAGUUUGGUUUCGACCACGACAUGGGUCUCACUAUCCCUUGUGAAGAAGUCGUUUUCCGAUCUCUCACCUCUAUGCUCCGAUGAACAUAUCUUUUAGGGUUUUGUUUCUUCUUUUUCUAAAAUAAUAUAUCUCAAAUCGUUAGUUAGGGUGAGAGAGGAAGCUGCUAAGUAAAUGCUUCUCUGUUUCAGCAAAAUAAGUUUUAUAUGUUUUGGCUAAAAUGGGUUUAGAGUUGUAACUUGUAUUAGAGUGAGACCUAACCCUAAUUAGAGAAACCCAAUGAGAAUGAGUUACUAUUUUUGGUUCUCUUCUCAGAUCUGUAGAAAACCCAAAAACAAAAAAAAAAUCAGGUGUAUAUCACUCUCUUGGCGGUGUAAUUGAUGAAUGUGUACCCUGUGAGAAAGAUUUUUUUUUGUGAGAAA